AUGUUUGCCUGGCUGAACAAGAUAGGAGGGGAGGGAGGAUUCUUGACCUUGUAUGCGGGCAGCUUGAUUGGUGGCCGUGGCAACGAAGAAGAAGAGAAGCAGAAGAGAUGGGAGAAGGAGGCCGAGCGCUUCUACUUUCGAGGGCGCCGGCUGAUAGCGGGCCACCGCUACUCGCAGCAAAGCAACCUUGCUCGAGACACGGCCAAGGGCAAGGACCUGCUGGCCCGUGCUGCCGAGAUGGGCCACUCUCUCGCCGCCGUAGACCUCAGCUGCUGCACCAAAGCCGCGGUGGAGAUAUACGAGGCCUUGGCGUCGGAGGACAACAUGUUGGCCCUGCGCAACCUGGCCAUCUGCUUCAUAUCUGGCCGCGGCGUGCGCAGGAAUGCCAAGAAAGGAUUUCAGAUGUUGCAGCAAGCGGCUGCGGGCGGGUGCGACAUGGCCAUCUACGACAUGGGCGUGUGUUACCGCAACGGCGACGGCGUCAAGCAGGACCUCAAGGAAGCCGUCAAAUUCUACAAGAAGGCAGCCGAACGCGGUAACAUCCUCUAA